CUAAGAGCCUUCCUAGCCGACCUUUGACCUAUCGCCCAAGCCCAGCCCACCUUGAAGGGUUGUUGGGAGGAAUCCAGGUGCCUCGAAGAGUGACAGAUGAGCACCAGCAGGCCGCCUUGUCUCUGCACGGCAGCAGCAGCCACGGUACCUGCUCUCCAGGCUGGCCUGCCUGCCCGGAGGCCAAAGUACAGCUCCAGCUGGUCGGGUGACAGCGUGUCUGCCAGAGCCCAGGGACGCUGCUUUCCUUCGUUCCCCCAGUCAGCCAGCUUGCCCGCCCCCCCCACCCCGAAGAUGAGCCUGCGGAAGCAGCUGGAGGCCCUCAGCGUCUUCCAAUGGGUGCUGACCUUCCUCUUCUUCGGCCUCUUCUUUGUCCUGCUCCUUGCCUACCUGCUCUUCACUUCCUUCUGGCCCCUGAGCGUGCUCUACUUCAUCUGGUGGAUUGCAGACUGGGACACUCCCGUGCAAGGUGGCCGCCGCAGCAACUGGAUCAGGCACUGGAAGAUCUGGGAGCUACACAGGGACUAUUUCCCCAUCAAGCUGGUGAAGACGGCUGAACUGCCGCCCACAAGGAACUAUGUCCUGGGCUCCCACCCACACGGCAUCAUCUGCGCCGGAGCCUUUUCUGCCUUCUGCACAGAAGCCUGUGGCUUCUCCCAGGCCUUCCCUGGCCUGACCUCCAGCCUCGCCCUCCUCGCUGGCCUCUUCUACCUGCCUGUGUACCGCGAGUACAUGAUGAGCUCAGGGAUGGUGCCAGUCAGCAAGCAGUCCCUGGACUUCCUGCUCCGGUCAGGGCCUGGCCAUGCGGUGGUCAUUGUGGUGGGUGGGGCCACAGAGUCCCUGGACUGCAACCCUGGCGAGCAGCGCCUCCACCUCUCGGGCAGGAGAGGCUUCGUGCGUCUGGCGCUACAGCACGGGGCGGACCUCGUCCCAGUUUUCUCCUUUGGAGAGAAUGACAUCUUCCGGCAGCUGCGGUUUCCCGAGGGCAGCGCCCUCCGCCGUCUCCAGCUUCACUUUAAGCGGCUGGCGGGCUUCUCUCCAUGCCUCUUUGUGGGGCGGAGCCUCUUCUUCAGCCACUGCUGGGGGCUCCUGCCCCAGCCCUACCCCAUCACGGUUGUGGUGGGGAAGCCGAUCCAGGUCCCUUUGUGUCCACGCCCCACCCUGGAGGAGGUGGAUCACUACCACGAUCUCUACGUCCAGGCACUCCGGCAGCUUUUUGACCAGCACAAGGGCAACUGUGGCCUCCCCGCCUCGCAGCAGCUCCUCAUUGCCUAGGGGCCCCUCCCUAGCCAGGGAGACAGGUGCCUGCCUCUGCUGCCCAAUCCAAUCUGGCAGGGUCCCCUCUUCUGUUCCCCACCCCCAAUAAAGAGUGUCAUAUUUUCUGGCAUCA